UACGAUGAUCAUUUGAGAUAAAAUGGCUCCUUCUACCAUGCCUUCAUGGCGUCUGAAUACGACAAUUGAGCCAACAUGGGCCAAGACCAUCAUUUUGCUCAUUAUCGGCUAUGUUGCGUACAAAUACUUCCAGGCUUCAGCAAAAUACAAUGCGAGAGAAGGUCUGUGGUCUCAAGAAAAUAGCUAAUCUACCUCUCAGCCCGACCUGCUUUACAGCGAAGACCAUGGCUGCAAACCAGCUACCUGGAUCAUGCCAUACAAAUGGCCGUUGGCACUGGAUGUCCUCACGAAGGGUUGGCAAGCCAGAAAACAGAGAAAGCUCCUCGCCAUGUUUGAUCAAUACUUCGACGCUCUGGGUCCGACUGUGCAAGUUUCCAUUCUUGCAGGAAAGGGGUACGCAACAAUGGAUCCCGACAACAUCGAAACCAUACUGUCCACCCGCUUUGAAGACUUCCACUUGGGUCCACGCAAUGCUGCCAUGAAAGCCAUGAUCGGCGAAGGCAUCUUUACGCAAGAUGAUCAGGCCUGGAAGCACUCCCGCGAUUUGCUGCGCGGGAACUUCGCUCGAAUGCGUUAUCAAAAUCUAGAGGGCUUCAGAGAGCAUGUCGAAAACUUGGUCUUCACGCCUAAGCCGAGAGCUCCAGGUAUAAUCGAUCUGCAACCACUCCUCUUUCGUCUGACCCUAAAUACAACGAUUGCCGUGGUGUUGGGUCAACCGAUUGACAGCUUCAACCACGAAGUUGACGAUGGGUUCUCGGAAGCGUUCGAUAAAGCUUCAUUGGUCACAGCUACCCGCGUGAAAUUGGGAGACUUGUGGUUCUUGUAUGCGCCGAGAGGGUUCUUCCAGGCGUGUAAGACGGUAAAAGACUAUACUGAGCAAUUCGUGCAAGCCGCGCUCAGGUCCGACACAUCUCAGCAAGACAAAGACUCGGACACUUUGCUCAGCGUCAUGAAAAGAGAGUACAGCAAUAUCGAGCUUGUCCGAGACCAGGUCACGAACGUCCUUAUUGCCGGUCGUGAUACUACAGCGACUACCAUGUCGUACGCGUUUCGUCUUCUGAUCAGGCACCCGGAAAAGCUGCAGAAACUUCGCGCAGAGGUUGAAGAAAUCCUUGGUGACGACACGACCAGCACGAGGGCCAGGACCCAACGCAUGCCGUAUUUUCACAACGUCAUCCAAGAAACCCUUCGACUCUAUCCACCCGUCCCAAUCAACACCCGAUUCUGUCGACGAACUACGCACCUCCCGCGUGGAGGAGGUCCGGAUGGCCAAUCGCCCUUACUCGUACGCGAAAACAUGCCAGUCGUAUACUCGGUCUACCAUAUGCAGCGUCGAACAGACAUAUAUGGCGAAGAUGCAUUGUGCUUUCGGCCCGAGCGAUGGGAAGGGCCCGAGCUUGCAAAUAUCAAAUGGGCGUAUUUGCCUUUCAAUGGAGGACCGAGGGUGUGUUUAGGAAAAGACUUCGGACUCAUGUUGGCUUCUUAUGUGAUUGCGAGAGUUGUACAGGCCGUCCUGAUGAUUGAAUUGCCGCCGGGAGAAGUAGUGGAGCCCAUUGGAACGGAGAAGCAGCACCUCACACUCAUCUUGUCGAAUGCGGAUGGCUGUAAGGUAAAGCUGGGUUAAGAGCCACAGCAUGCCAAUUUUGCCCUCGUACCAAGCUCUGUUGGAAGCAUGUAAUCAGCAUUUUCGCCUCUGCAUGGCGUGAGUCUUGUGCG